UCUCUCUCUCUCUCUCUCUCUCUGUGAUACAGAAAGAAAUUGUAGCCAAUGGCUCCUUUGGCAGACAGGUCAGUUAAGAAGAAAGAAAAGCUAAUGGCUUCUGUGGCAAAUGAAUCCAUUAAGAAGGACAUCAACAGAGGAGCAUGGACAGCUGAAGAAGAUAGAAAACUAGCUGAAUCUAUUGAAAUCCAUGGUGCAAAGAAGUGGAAGACCAUUGCAGUCAAAGCAGGCCUCAAUCGCUGUGGUAAGAGUUGCAGGCUGAGAUGGUUGAAUUAUCUGAGACCCAACAUUAAGAGAGGGAAUAUAUCAGACCAAGAAGAAGACUUGAUCAUUAGGCUUCAUAAGCUCCUAGGAAACAGGUGGUCGUUGAUUGCGGGAAGAUUACCUGGUCGAACCGAUAAUGAGAUCAAGAACUACUGGAAUUCUUAUUUGAGCAAGAAAAUAAGCCAGAAGGAGAAACAAAGUGGCGGUUCAAAGAGAGAUGGCUCCACCAGGUCCAGGACUGAGAAGAUAAGGGUGAUAGAGACGGUUAAUCAUGAAGAGGUGAGAAAAGAGAAGAACAACCUCUCCUCUAACGGUGGUCAUGAUCAGGACUCAAACUUCAGCUUUGAUGUUGAUGAGUUCUUUGAUUUUUCCACCGAUCUUUACACUUCUGAAUGGGUUAGUAGAUUCCUUGAAUCCGAGGAUGGUUUAUGUGAAUUAUAAUCAUGAAUUAAUUCUGAACUUUGUCCUGUCAAUAAUGUUGGACCUGUUUGCUGCUGCUGUAUAUUUCCCUCAACCUGAAAUCAGAAAUAAUCAAUGGGUUCUCUCUCUCUCUCUG